AUGUGCAACGAAGAUGGUGUAAAUCCUUUGAAGGAAACUAUUGAAAGAAGUUUUAUUCGGCCAGUCCCGCCAGAGUGUCUGAAUGAGGGUGCCGUAUUCAAGGAAGGGUCGGUGGUGGAUGCUUAUUUUAAUAAUGGUUGGUGGACUGGUGUUAUCGUAGUUGAAAGGCCAGAUGGUAGUAUUUUGGUUUACUUUGAUGAUCAACCAGACAUAAUGAGAUUCAUCAGAAACCAACUGAGACCUCAUGCUGAUUGGAUCGGCUCCAAAUGGGUCAAAAGCAAAAACAAGGUAGUGGAGUUACCAUUACCUCAUGAAUCAGAUGUUAUGAUGGAUGAUGUAGCCACUCCGAUCAUAGACCCUCAAGAGAUACCACGAGAGUACAGUCUGAACGACUAUGUUGAAGUGGUUGUUACACAUGGGUGGCGCAAAGGUCGAGUGGCGGAAAUUCUCCUUGAAAACAAAUACAAAGUGUAUUUCGCUGCCACAAAAGAGGAUGCGGUUUUUAAUUAUACUGAGAUUAGGCUGUCAAUGGAGUGGCUAGGUGGUGGUAGUUGGAUUCGCACACAUGAGAGAGAAUUUGAAAAUAAUGCUGCAACACCAAUCAGACCCGCUCAAGAGAGCCCUAGUAACACACUUGCUUUAGAAUCCGAUGAAGAUGAUACGUUGAAUGAUGAUGCCACUGAAAUCAAAUCCUCUCGAGAGAGCCACAGUAACACUUCUUUUUUAAAAGCCAUUGAGACUGAAACACAAAACCAUGAACCCGUAGAUGUAGUGGAGUUACCAUUACCUCAUGAAUCAAGUGUUAUGAUGGAUGAUGUAGCCCCUGUUCGAAAACGCGACCGCCUAGCCGCCUAG